CCGCCGACGAAACUUCGAUCGGCUUGACCAUUUCCAGCACUACGCAGCUAAAAAAAAGCGGGAUUAUCAAUUUCGACAAAGUUAAUGCGAAGUAAAAGGUUUGUUAACGAUUAUGGAGACGCCGAGUGGGUGUUCUACGCGCCUUACUCGCACGGCAACCCCGCGCCUCUCGGAGCGAAAGCGGCAGCUGUUCGGCAGUCCAGUCUCCAGACUGCGAAAGAUCCAAGACGGAGAAGAGGAUGAGGACGUAGACAGUCUGGGAGUCUUGCCACUGAAGCCCCAUGUGUCGAAAAACAAGCAGGGUAGAAGUCUCUUCGCGGCGAAGGGCACCCGUAGAUUGGGGGGCAGCGCCAACAGCAGUCCGGAAACCAACAAGGAGAACAAGAAGACCCGCGGUGGGGUCGUCGGUGCUGCCACGGCGGAACAACUGCCUCACUUGUUUACUAAAACCAUGCGGUUGAAUAGCAACAGCAGCAGCAACAAUAGUCGCAACAGCAGUCCCCGCACACCCAAGAUGCAGAGGAAGCGGGCGGACUCAUCGAUGUCAUCGCCCUCUGGCCUGGAUUCCCCAUCCCCACAAAGGAAAAUAGCUUCACCAUGUAUCAGGCAGGUAAUCAGGAGCGCCUGCAGACGGAGUCCACGGGCGGACUCAUCCAGGUCUUCGCCCUCUGGCUCGGACUCUCCAUCCACACAAAGGGAACGAGCUAAACGAAGUCCUAUUCAGGAAAUCAGGAGUGCUUGCAGACGGAGUCCACGGAAUUCCGAUGCGCGGAGGAUUCAGGAAGUUCUUUCUUCACCAGAGUCUACGAGCCAAACUAAAAUAAAAAGACAGAGCAAGGUUGCUGCUAUGAAAUUAGACAGUCAGAGUCCAAGAUCUUCUUUAAGUUCGCCAAGGUCAUCUCAUGGGAGACCAAGGGGAAAGCCCAGGAAAAAUCUGAAGAUCACAGCACAAGUUCAUAACGAUAAUCUCCAAAAAGAAAACCUGGAAAGCAAACCCAAUCUGCAGGUUGAAGAACCAAUUUUGGAGGACGAGAAACGCCUAAUUUUGAAAACUUCAAAAAUAAAUAAUAAAGGCUUAAAUAGGCAAAUCACAACUGUGAGAACGGAAAACAAUAAGCAAGAAUCCCCCCUUGGAAACAUAAAAAAUACACUACAGAGCAGCACAAUAACCGAAAUUUCUAGCAACAUUCAACCAGUUGCUGAUCAACCACCAAAUAUUAAUUUGGAAAGCGAAAAUAAUCCAAAAUAUCUUAUUGAAAAUCAACAAAUAGAAACCUCAACAGUUGCAAAAGAAAAUACAAGAAAAUCAGCAUCUCCAGUUAAAUUGUUAAAUUCGGAUGAAGAAGUGCCAAACCCUGAAAACAGCGACAAGAACAUAAAACUGCCAAGUGAAGUGGACGACUCUGAUGGGCAAGUAUCCAACCGUAUGGCCCAAAAGCGAGGGCUUCCAAUCACCCCAACAAGCAAAGCGGCUUCUUCAGCGGAAUCCGAUUCUGGAUCGCCACAGAGCAAGAUGCGCAAGUUGACUCUGGAAAAUAGCAUUCCCACUAUGGCCUUUUAUUCGCACGGCGGAGCAGCUACUGCAAAGUUAAGAAGCACACCAUCUUCAUCCAAGAGUUGGCAACGAAAAACGACAAAAACCUCUCCAACCUCCCGCCCACAUCUGGGUAUCAAUAAAGGAGUUCGCCACAAAAUACGCAAGCCGCCCAAAUUGCCACACCGACUGCCGGCCACUGAUUUAAACGACAUCCUCAACAGUCUGCGCAACGAAAGGCUGAAGAAUAUAAUCACCACCAAGCGGGAGGAGCGGGCCAAGGUGGAGGAGGUUCAUCAGAUUCUCCGCAGCGCCAAGGAUCCGAUUAAAAUGGCCAAGCCGUUGAGUGUUAUUGAAGCCGACGAUGCCAACAACAACAACAAUUUGCCAGCAACCAUGUGGCAGGAUACCUCGGCCGAUUUUUCCGACCUCAGCGGGGAUGAGGAGAAGGACUUGAUCGACGUUCCCGUCAUAGAGAUGGAACCCAUUAUUCCGCUGAUUCGACACGACCCUGUGAUCAGCUUACCGCAGGCUGAGCCAGCGGAUCUUAGCAAACGCAAGUUCUUCAAAUCGGGGCGCCGGAGCAGCACCUGCAUGGAGGUAAGAAUCACUGACAACAUCAAAGCCAGCGUCAGCCAGGGCAGGAUCGCGUUGGUUCAAACGCCACGUCGAAAACCAAGAAAAGUGCGCGUCACGUCGGCUACGAUAUUUUCGGCAGAGCAGGCAACCGUGGAUGCGAUCCUCAAGAACCUGGACGACACGGUGACAGAUGAGAUAGUUGAAUCAAAGCCGCUGGCGGUUGUGCCAACGCCCAUGGAAGCACAGGACAUACCAAUGGAUACGGAACCCUUACCGGACAUAAUUGAGUAUGCCCCAGAAGCGGAGGGUGCUGAACUUGAUUCGUUUGCUGCGUUCCGCCAGCGCUUGCCCUAUCAAACCGAUGAUCCCGACGUCAUAGAGCAGCAGCAAAUCCUGCUGGAGUUUCUUAUUAGCAACAACAUUUGUACCGAAAGGAACUUUGAGGUUUUCAUAUCGAAUCCGGAAGACCACAAGGAAGAGGCCAAUAGGAUUGUCGACGAUCUGUUGAUGGUCGUCAAUAGCGAAGAGGCUGCGCAGGUGGCUCAGAUGGAAGCAUUGGCGGAACCAGUGGAGGUCACGCUACCGCAACAGGAUCCUUCAGCAGCACACGACGUUCAGCCAAGGCUAUUUCCCAUUUUCACACAACGCCUUCAGCCCGUUGUCCAGAAAUCAACGCGCCGACGACCGGACACAUGCAUGAGAUUGCUAUCUGCAGCUGCUGGUUCCAAUCAGUAUCAAAUAGAUGCGGGGCAAAAGGCGUUUGGAGCGCGGCAGUGCCAGCAGUGCGGAUUGGUGUACACCGUUCACGAACCGGAAGAGGAGCAGCUGCACCGGGAGUACCACAACUCCAUUCAUGUGCUGCGAUUUAAGGGCUGGAUCGACGAGGACAUAGUAGCCGUUUUUCCGGAGUGGGCAAGCGAUGGUCGGAUUAUACGGAUCAACGAACGCGCUCCGGCAGCACGACUCGAGAGACUCCGGGAUCUCAUCGGGGUGGUGGACAAGGAGCUGGGCUACUCCUCGUACAUUGUGCCAAAGAUCUUUGUGGCCUUCAUGGCGGUGCGGAAGCAGCAGAUUGUGGGUUUCUGCCUGGUGCAGCCCCUGUCACAGGCCCAUCGGUUCAUCCAAGUCGAUGGCACGGACUAUUUCAGCGAGGAGAGUUACCCAGCCAGCUGCGGUGUGUCCCGGAUCUGGGUUUCCCCACUUCAUCGGCGCACAGGGAUUGCCAACAAGCUGCUGCGGGUCGUCCAGUGCCACACGGUUCUGGGUCAAGAGAUUGCGAAGGACACCAUCGCCUUCAGCACGCCCACCGACGAUGGACGAGCCCUGGCGCGCCAGUUCACCGGGUUGGAUAACUUCCUCACCUACGACCAGUGAUCGGGGAAAACGGCUAUUGAAUAGCUGAAUUAUUUUCGUGUUAGGAUUGCUUCGGAACCUGUAAUAGUUAAUAAGCAAGCGCCGGUUACGUUACAAGCGGCGGGAAGAAGUCGCAUUUAAUUUGUUUUCAAUUGUGACCGCAUUUAUGCAAUACAUUCUUUUUCUCACCUUUGAA